AUGGAUAAAAUAAGAGUAUUAAAAGCAGCAAGUCCUGUGUUGUUGAGAAUUAUUUUACUGGGGGCAUUUUUCUUGUACUGUCCAUUAAUUGUUGGGUUUUUUGAAGCUAGUGUUAUAACAUGUUGUAUGAAAUUUUGGUUCAGAGAAAUUGGAUUCUAUAUUUCUUAUGGUGCAUUAUUACUGAAAACGUGGAGAAUUUCUGUAGUAUUCCGAGUUCGUUCAGCUCAGCGAGUAAAAAUAUCUGAUGGGGAUUUAAUAAAACGAUUAAUUUGUAUGGUAGUAAUAAUUGCUGCUUAUUUGUCAGCUAGAACAGUAGUUGGUAUGCCUAGAGUUAUACAAGGCAAAGAUGUUAGGGGAUUGCAAGCUUAUCAGUGUUCUUCGGAUUGGUGGGACCAUUCGGCAGCUAUAGCUGAGUUAUUGUUGUUAUUAUGGGGUGUAAGGCUAUGUGUAGUUGUAAGGAAAGCACCAUCCGAGUUUAAUGAGAGUCGCUUUAUAAGUUGGGCUAUAUAUAACGAGUUUCUGCUCUCAUUAUUUUUAAAUGUCAGCACGAUAUUUUUGAAGGACCCGUUCCCUACUAAUCCGGAUUUAUUGUAUUUAGUAUUAUUUAUACAUACUCAGCUCACCACUACCGUUACCUUAGCCUUUCUAUUCGGUAGUAAGGCCUAUUUAGUUUAUAAAUAUCACGGUAAAGAACAACAAAGUCACCAGCAAUCGACAAUGCUUAGUAGAGGUUCAAAAUAUACAAUGGGCCAGAAACCAGCUAGUACUGUAAGUAAUGCGGCAUCUACUAAUGGUUAUGAAGAUAAAAUAGAUGAUCCGGAAGAAUGUGAAAGUUUCCUUGAAAAGGAUAUACAGGAAGAAUUUCGACGAUUGUAUACUCAGUUAGAGCUUCUUAAACAGAGAAAUAUGAAAUUAGGAAAUCGCCACCUUCAACAUAAACUAUCGGCAAUGACCGAGGCAGCCCAGAAAGAGGACAUGGUAGACUCUACACCAUCAACGCCAAAUCUAAACGGCAAACGAAUCAUAAUAAACUUAGACGAUUAUAACGAUUCUACUAAUGUUUAGCAGUUGAGUGAAUUCUUUGGGAAAUAUCGCAUUAUUUUGUCUGGAUAAUCAACCAAUGUCAGUAUCUAGUGCAUUCACGAUGAGGUUCAGAAACGAAUGUAACAGGGUUUUCAAAGAGAGCAUAAGAAGAUUCGAGAAUGAAAAAUUUAGACUAUAAAAGUGGGUGUGAGAUACGUAAUAUUGUUUGAUUAUGGUGUUUCAUACAGGGUAAAAUUAAUCUAUAUCCAAUUUGUUCUAUAGUGCCAUUAUCACAAAUAAAUGCCCGUCUUUUUUCAUAAGUAAACAAUAAGUAACUAGUAGAGUAACGACCGUGGCGAUAAUGUGGGGGUCUAACUUGCCAUAACAUAAUGUUAUAAACAUGAAUUACCGUUACCAGCUCGGCGUUAGCUCACCACGACAAACUAAAAUGGCACAGUCUACAAGUGGGUAAAUCAUCGUUCUGCCUGAUUGUUAGUGGUGGAAUAAGUGUAUGAAACUAAUGAUGAAACACGUAAAAUAAAAUGCACAGAAUGUUAUUAAAACAGGGAUUCACGUCAUACAUCCAUAACAACUAUCAUAAUGGCAACUUCACCGAUCUGCUCAUACUAUUUAACAGCCAUUUCAUGCUGUUUGAAGAUAAAAGAAGUAAAUAAAGUUAGAAGCGAUAUUAUAAUACUAUAAAUUGUCUCUGUGUUACAAAUAGAACUAGAAUACGACACACUUCUAUCUGUUUAGUCGUAUAAUAUUACUGCAAUGUACAAUAGAUCUGUAUCAGCUAUAUAUAAGUGUUUUAAUUCAAAUGUUCUAUUGUUAAUAUUUUGUGUUAAUUGGAGAGGGUAGAAAAUGAUUAAUAUCAACGUGAAUGUUUGUUUAUAUAUUUGAUGACCACACAAUAUUAUAACAUUACUG